AUCCCUGCCUCCCGGCCUCCAUCCCUGCCUCCCGGCCUGUCUCCCGGCCACUAUCCCUGCCUGCCUACUCUCCUCCCUCCCUCCCAGCCUUUCAGCAUCCUUUCCUGUAGCAGUUGUUACUAUCCGCCCUCCUCCUUCCCCGUUUCCCGUCCGCUCCCGUUGCAGUCGCGGCGUGCCCGGCCGGGGGCAGGCCAGGCCCGGCCAUGCUGCCCUCCUUCAGUUACCUGACCGAACACACCGGCUUCCGCGGCACCAUCAAAAACUCCCCCGCCGACUUCGUAGUGACAGAAAUAGAGGUGCCCGAACGCUUCCUUGGGGACAGCGGGGCUGAACUGCCUCAGAAAACCAGCGAGGCGCUGCCGGAGCAAAGCGCCCCGUGCUCCCCCCAGCCCAAACAGCGACGAGCGGAGGCCCCCGGCCCGGGUGCCCCCCUGUGUCCCCGGGGGGCUGCGCCCGGGACCCCGGAGCGCGACCCGGGCCGGGCAGGGGGCGGCUGUGCUGCAUCCUCUGGCAAGAAACAGCGUGAGGGAGCACCUGAACCGAAAUCCGGCCUCGAGGAAGCCAAACUGGAGUCCUUACUCGGCAAACCCAUGAGCGAACUGCUCAAUAAGUUUGCUUGCGAUCUGAAGGAAGCGUGGGGCUUGGAAAAUAAUCCGAGUGCUGGCACUAGGGAGCUCUCGCUAGGACUUAGGCUGGACAAGAAAAGUCGGGCUGAUUUACACAGUGCUGUUAGGCAGACAUUCCCCUUUUUAGUCACUGUUACCAAAGACAAUGAAAUGAUUGUAAAAGGAAAUGCUGAUUACAGAGAACUUUGUCAGUUAGUGACUGAAAAGGAAACAAGUGAUUUCUUUAAAUUUUUAGAUGCAAAGCUAGAAAAUUCGACGUUUUCUUUUGAGCCUGAUGGAAACAAAGAGCACAGAAAAGUAGUUCACCAUUUUCUCAAUAGAAAAUUCGGAAAACUCUUAGAAACAAAGUCUUUUACUGUGACAGAUGUCAAUGAUCAGCCAAAUAUGUCAAUAAUGGUACGGUUUCGAGAAAAAUGUGGGUCCCGAAAAAGGUCUGCUGGUGGUUCACAGGAAAAACAAGAUGUUUAUACAGCUUUCACCCUUCAGAAAGAAAAUCUAGAAACACUAGAAGCAAUUGGCUUGUUGGCAGCAGAACUCGAUGUUCUUCCUUCAGACUUCAGUUACACUGGCAUCAAAGAUAAGAAGGCUAUCACUUUCCAACCUAUGGUUGUGAAGAAGGUGACUCCUGAGAGGUUGAAAGAAAUUGGAAACAAAAUGGAAAAAAAGGGCAUGAGAAUAUACAACAUACGUUCAACGUACCAGCACCUCAGGCUCGGUCAGCUGAAAGGCAAUCACUUUGACAUAAUUGUGAGAGAUCUCCAAAAGCACAGUCAUGACCCUUCUGCAGAUUUAAAAAAAAGAAUAUCUGAAGCAAUGGAAAAUGUUGAGACAAAAGGUUUUGUAAAUUACUACGGACCUCAGCGAUUUGGACAAGGACAAAUUGUUCAGACAGAUCAAAUAGGAUUGGCUUUACUGAGUGAAAAAAUGGUGGAAGCUGUGAAGUUGUUCUUCACACCUGAAGAUACUGAUGAUCCUGUAAACAAUGCAAAAAGAUACUUUCUUCAAACUGAAGAUGCAAAGGGCACGCUCGUGAUGCUGCCAGAAUUUAAAGUAAGAGAGAAGAUGUUGCUACGAGCUUUAAAUCGCUAUGGUGUAAAUCGUGAAGGCUGUACCAAAGGAUGGCUCAACAUUCCUCAUUCCUUGCGCAUAUUCUAUGUCCAUGCUUAUUGCAGUAAAAUUUGGAAUGAAGCAGCAUCAUACAGGCUGAAGAUUUAUGGCUUAAAAGCAGUUGAGGGUGAUCUUGUCCUCUCAGAAGAAAAUGAUGAAAGCAUUUCCCUAAAUGACAAGGUUCAUGUAGUCACUGCUUCAGAAGAGUCAGCUAGAAAGUAUUCUAUAUACCAGGUGGUUCUUCCAAUGGUGGGACAUAGUAUCAAGUAUCCCAGUAAUAAAGUUGGAGAGUGGUACCAUGAAAGACUUUCUAAGGAUGAACUGGAAAUGUGCAAAUUCAGAGUGUCACCAUUACAGCUGAAUAUACCUGGAUGCUAUCGACUCAUUUUGAAAAAUGUUCAGAAUCUGUCAUAUUUUUUGGAAGGUGGUGAAAAAGGGAUCAAAAUUGAGGACAACCAUCUGAAUGAUUUAAAAGUCUCUCUUCACAUAUCAUUUGACCUUGAUCCUUCAUGUUAUGCAACGGUCUGUCUGAGAGAAAUAAUGAAAUGUGACUUUUAAGAUUCCACUUAAUGAAAGAUUGCAGGAAUGUUGUACAAUGUUUAUAUUUUAUGUGUAAUGCCAAGAACAUAAGGGAGAAUAACAGGUUCAAAUCAUGAACAGGAAAAAAUUGUAGUUUGAGAUUCAUACAGAUUAGGAAAAAAACUCACGCAAAUCCUUUGGAAUACUCAAAAAACUAUCCAAACUCUAAAUGCCAAGCCUUGAAAGCAUUGGAGUAAAGCUGUAUGUUAUAUCAGGCAGGUCUAAUAGAACUUAAAGAAACCAUGGGCAGCUAGCAUGAAUUUCCUCUUUGCAUAGAUAUCUGACUUGCAGAGUUAA